GCCGGGCGUUCAGGUUACGCUUUGAAGCUACCAAACCGAAGCUAGGAGACAGUCUGUCGUCAGAUGCCAUGGUUAUGAUGCUCGUCGAUAAGCGCUUGACCCUCCCCCCCCCCCCCCCCCCCCGGCACUGUGAAAAAAGGACGGGGGGUUUGUCGAGACACAGAAGGAAGUAGACGUGGAAUAAAGGAAGAAACUUGCCCAGACAAAUAAAUGACCCCAAGGGUGUACAGUUUGGAAUUGUCUCUCAGACUGAACAGAAAACCUCAAACAGAAUCAAGCAGGAGGAAAUUACUGCUCUGUGACUGAAAACAAUCCCUAAACUUAUUGUGUUAUCUUAUAAGAUAAGUAGCAUGUUUGUUGGCUGUGUUUGAUUAUUUAUUUUUCUAAUUUAACUUGUUGUUUGGUUAAUGGUACAUUAAGACCUUUGGGGAUCAUCAUUGGCGAUGGCACUAUAUAAAAAUAAACUGAAUGGAAUUUAAUUUUAUCGAAUUUAACAGUUCUAGGUUGUCAUCAAUUUCAGUUCUCCUCAUGGAAAAAUGUUGCAGUGUCUGCUCAGAUGUAACUGAACACCAAAGUUAGCACAUGGACUGAUAACUAUGGUCUAACAAUGGGGGUCCGGUGCCCAUCCACUGAUUGGGUGGCCAGUUCCAGGAGGCACUGCAGGAAGCUCAAAUCCUGAUCGUUUGGGAGCGGUAGUGGACUGCUAUCCUGCUCACUGUCCCAUCUCCUGCUCACAGAAUGGAGUGUUGUUUAUUGAUUUCUUAGCGCCCAUGGCGGUGCGAUGAUUAUGGUGUCGGUGGGGGUUGGGGGCUUUGGGCGUGGAGCCACAGUGGAUGGGCACUCUACAUCUCACUUUACAGCACUGUCGGUGCACUUAAUGGCGAGCAGACAUGAUCUCUCGUGAGGGUGGAGCAGGAACCCCUGGGUAAUGGGUAAUUACUUCCCAAACUCGCACGACCAUAAUGCCGUCACCCCUAAGGAACUGUCUUAGGAUUGGCCUGAAUAGAGGGGGUGUGGGGUGUGCUGUAUAAUUGCUACAUAAUGAGUUUUAUGCCAAACUAGACAUUCAGUCUUCAAGUCAGUGUGUAUCAAAUAUGAUGCUGGUUAACCUCAGGAUGUUGGGAGUUUAGGUCUCCCAAAUAUGCCCAGAAAUGGAAGCUGAAAGGACCCCAACUGAGCUUCAAUUCAGUACCAGAUUUAUUUGGAGCACCAUAAAAACCACGGUGCAGGACAAUCGAUUGGUAAUCCCCGGAAAUGCUGCCAGAUGGCAAAUCAGGGUAUUCUGAGGGUACUGAAACCUCCAACAGAAUACACCAGCGCUCCCAUUACGCUUGUUAGCACCCAGUAUCAAACUGCAUUUUGGUUUAUGGUCCAUAUAGGUUGUUAAGAUAACCUAAUGGAAAGAAAAAGCCUCAUCGUUGUCUUACAGACCCAAGCAGUUGGAUGUGUACACUGUGAUAUGAUGAGAUUACUUUCUUGGGUGACCUUAGACAUGCUCCUCCCCCACCAUAAUUUGAAAAUGUAUUUAAUGUAUCCGGACUCGAUCGGCUUAUCUCUGGCUUGUUUGGGAUGCUAUCUUACUUUUGAACAAGCAUCCAUGCGUCCUGCCAGUGGAUCCAGGGGCCUGAAACCCAGAUAGCCUGCACACUGGGCUAAUUCCACGUUCUCUAAUUGCUGUUCCUGCGUAUGGAUUUCCGUUCGACAUUACGUCGGACCGUUCGUCUCUCCUGUCUCUAUCUGCCGCUUAAACGCUUUUCCAUUUGUCCUAAUUACAUCGCUGCGGACGUGGAUGCCCUGCGGAAUGGCCCACCACAUCCAUUUUGGUGGGCUCUGCACGGGCCUGGAUUUGGGAGCAUCCAGGACUGGAAACGUCCCUCCUCAGAUUCAUGGAGAGGGAGCUCUUAGUAAAUUCGGAUGUUUGUCUGAUGUGCCUUGAUAGACGUGGCCCCUGCACCCCGGCUCCACCCCCGGUGUCCCCUGCAGCAGGAUGGAUCUGGCGCCUCCUUACAGGAUGGAUCCUGACAGCCUGGAUUUGCAGCAGGUUUCAGUGUUGUCCAUCGACCAAAUCCGUACCAUCCGAGCUAACAACGACUACGUGGAUCGGCCAGCAGCUCUGGAGCUCUGCCCCCAGAUGGGUCCAACCCCUCCAGUCCGUGACGAGCGGCCCGGCUUGGUGCCACGCAGCCAGAGCCACCCCCAUCACUGCUACCCGUCCCACAUGAGCCGCUCUAGCACCGUGAGCUCAGUGUCCCGCGGCAGUGCCACCUCCGACCAGCGCCUGCUGCCCAGCCUGGCAUCCUCACACUCGGGCCUGGCGGUGCGCACCCAACCCGAUAGUGGCCUGAAGUCCCGAGAAGGCCUGGGGAAAGUGCCAUCCGUGGGCGGUGAUCUGGGCAGCCACCUCUUCAUCUGUGAGCACUGCGGCAAGUGCAAGUGUCCCGAAUGCAGCAGCCCCCGCAGGCUGCCGUCCUGCUGGGCAUGUGGCCAGCGCUGCCUGUGCUCAGCUGAAGCUGCCGUGGAGCAUGGCACAUGCCUUUGUUGCAUCAAGGGUCUCUUCUACCACUGCUCUGCUGACGACGAGGACAACUGCGCUGACCGCCCUUGCUCCUGUGGGCCUGCCCAUGCCUGUGCCCGCUGGGGUACCAUGGCGCUCCUAUCCCUCUGCCUGCCCUGCUUAUGCUGCUACCCACCCUCCAAGCUGUGCCUCGCCCUGUGCCAGCAUGGCUACGACCGGGCCACCCGACCAGGCUGCCGCUGCAGCAAUACCAACACAGUGUGCCGGAAGAUCUCUUCCUCCAACCCUACUACAUUCCCAAAGUCCCUGGAGAAGCCAGUAUGACAAGGAUGACGAACCACACUUCUAAAUCCUGUCCCCGAUAAUCCCGAUGACACCCCCAUGCAUCCCAACCCCACAUCCACUUAACGGAGGGACCAAAGCUUCUUCGUGAGACUCAAUGCUGAAACGGCCACAUCACCAACCAAGACCUGACCAAACAAGCAGACCUAGACCACAUCCACAACACCAUACUAUAUAUGUUUUUCUUUAUUUGAGUCUAUUUAUUUAUUUAUUUGUCAUCCUUUAACGCCAUAGGUGGAGCGGAUUGUGUGCCGUUGCAACAGCAGGAAUAAAUGCAAGGAAAUGCAUACAAGCUAUCGUACCCUCAGGUUUCGCGGAGGAUGAUGGGAUGGUCGCUCGUCUCACCCACUGCCUGCUGCUUCCUGCACAAGUGCGGGGAAAAAAAUGAGCAAGAAGGCAAAAUGGCGAGACGAGGCAAGCAGAUUCAGACAUAGAACCAAGUGCUCAAAGCAACUGCGUGCACUGCCAGGAUACUUGUUCCUUCUGGCAUUUUUGGGAAUCCAGACAUGGUUCACGUGCUGGAACUCGGAGACGAGCUGGUCAAAUGUGCAGGACGUUACUGGCAGGAUGCUGAAGCUUCAUGGGAUCACACUGGGAAGGUGCCUGGAUUCUGAGUACAGCUGUUCUGGGACUUUUCGUGGGGAGGGGGGGUUAGCCCCCUCAGACUGGUUCAGACACCCCCCGUCCGUACCAUCUCACUUAGGGCAGUUGGUCAUCGCGGGACAGACCAAGUUAACCAUGUGAGAUUGGACAGCAAUUAAAAUGUGUUUUUUUUUUUCUUGGGGGGGGUCACAAAGCAUUUCAGAUACUACACUGCCCGGGGACAGAGAAGACACCUGGGUGUGUGCAUGCAGCCGUCUGGCUCCUUGAGUCAAAGCUUUAUCUGUGUGGGGGGGGGGGGGGG